AUGGAGGAAGAUAAAAUUAAAAAUAUUUAUUUAAGUUUAAAGAACAAAAACAAAAAGGAAUGGGUUGAAAUGAUGGAACAAUUAACAAAAGAUCAAAAGCGAAAAUUAAUUUUUUUUAUAAAAAAGAAGAAUAAAAAUUCUUUGCAUAAAAUAAAGAAUAUUAAAAUUGAGAAAAAUAAUAAAAAGAUUAAGACUAAAACUAUUAACAGUUACAUCUUGGUUGAUUAUUCAAAUAUUAACUAUGAUUUAAACUUAAAAAAUUACAUAGGUAGAAUUUUACGUAUAUAUAAAUUGGAAGAUAACUAUGAUUUUAUAAAAGCGUUACAUUUAUAUAUGAACAUAUUAAGCUACAUUAUAUUUAAAAAAUUUUCCCAUGAAUAUAAAAAUGAUGAAAAAAAUAAAAACCUUUUAAUAUUUUUAAAGAAGCUAUUUCCAUUUGAGUUUCAAAAAUUUGAAGAAAAAUAUAAUAUGAGAUGGAGUAAAGAUUUUACUACUUGUGAGAACUUAAAUAAUGAAAAAAUGUGUAUUGGGAAUAUAAAAAUUAAAAAAGAAAUAGACUCACUAGAUGAUGAAAAAAGUAGAAAUGACUACGAAAAGGAAUGUAAAAAAAAUAAUUUUAAUCAGCUUAACAAUUAUAAUCAUUUAAAUGAACAAAAUUUAGAUCAAUGUAAUAUUUAUAGUAACGAGAAACAAACAAAUAUAAUAAAUUCAAAUUUAAGUAAUUCAGAUAGUAUAGAAAAUCCAGAUAACAAAUUAAAUAAUGUGAACUCUUUAGAAUAUCAGAAGGAAUUUUUAUCAAAAACUAAAAAUGUGAACACUAUUAAUAAAGAUAAUUUUAACAUAUUAAUAAAAACUGAAAAAGAUGAUUAUACACAUAAUGAAAUUAAUAAUGAUAAUAUUUUAAAUGAUUUAAAUAGAUAUGUAAAAAAAGAACAUAAUCAAGAAAUUUUUAAAAAUAAAGAUAUUAAAAAAAUUAUGUUAAAUGUGUUUGACGAACAAAGAUUUGAAUAUCGUGUUCGUUUUAGAAGUAUAAUAUCACAAAAUUUAAAUCAGUCGGAAUAUAAGAAAUUCUGUGAUCAAAGAGAAAAACUAUUUAAAUACAAAAAAAAGAAUUUUAUAAAAUGGAUUGCCAAAUUUACCAAUAUAAACUCACUAGAUUUAUACUUAGUUAAUUUUUUUAUAUUUUUAUUUUUAGAUAGAUUAUAUUUAAUAAUAGAGACAUAUAUUCGAUUAAAUUAUUGCAAAUUCAUAGAUUCUUAUGAAGCUUUUUUAGAUCAUUUAGAUGAAUUUCAUAAUUUCGAUUACAUUUUAAAUUAUCUUACAAAUGUAGAAAGUUCAUUAGAUUCAAAUAAAUUAGAUAAUAUUGAUAAAAAUACAAAAACUGAUAACCCUUCAUUAAGUUACAAAAAUGUUGACAAUUUCAAUAAUAUUUAUAGUAAUAUUAUUAAAGAAAAUUUUAAGAAUUUUUUUUUAUCAAUAGAUUUAAUAUAUAAUAUAGAUAUUUAUUAUUUUAAAUUAAAAAAUAAAAUAAGCUUUGAAAAAUUAAUAAAAAUUGAUAUCUCUUCCUAUAUCAAUGAAUCAAAUAUUUAUGAAAUAAUUCAAUUCGAUAAAAAUAAGAAUGUAGAUCAAUGGAAGGCAUUCACAAAUUUUGUAAUACUUCAAAAUAAUAAUAAUUUAAAAUUUCAGAAAUUUGAUUGUUUCUCUAUUUUCCUGAUUGUUCGAUUCAAAUAUUAUUUGGAAGAAUUUAAAGAAAACGCUAACAUUGAUCAUAUUUACAAAACUAUAAAAGAAGAGUUUGAUGAAAUAGAAAAUCAUUUAAAGAGUAAAAAUAAUGAAAGUGAUUUUGAAUAUAGUCAUCUAAUACCUAUUUAUCUUGAUCUUCAAAAAGAAGUAAAAAAGGUUUGCGAAUAUAUAAAAUUCUAUGGUAAUUUAAUAUCAUUUGUAAAUUUUAUUAAAAAAUAUAUUAAUUCUCCUAAUAUAGUUAAAACUGAAGAAAAUGAAGAUAAGGAAUAUUUUGAUUUAUCUUUUUUUUUAAAUUCAUAUUUAAAUGAAAAUGUAAAGAAAGAAUAA